AUGAGUACUUCUGUAAAAUCUUCUUCAAAACCCACAAAACCCUCAAACCAAUCAUCAACCCAGACAACCCCGUCAAGAUCUUCGUCUUCCUCACUUACCUCUCAUUUAGCCAUGAUUGAACUCAAGCAAAGAAUCCUUACUUCCCUGUCCAAGCUUUCCGAUAGGGACACUCACCAGAUCGCGGUGGAAGACCUCGAGAAGAUUAUCCAAACCCUCUCAAACGACGGCGUCCCAAUGCUCCUCAACUGCCUCUACGACGCCACCAACGACCCUAAACCCGCCGUGAAGAAGGAAUCUCUGCGUCUCCUCGGCGUCCUCUGUGCUUCCCACACCGAUUCCGCGGCGACCCAUUUGACCAAAAUUAUAGCCCACAUUGUCAAACGCCUCAAGGACUCGGAUACUGCGGUUAGGGAUGCCUGCCGUGAUGCCAUUGGAUCGCUGUCCUCGCUGUAUUUGAAAGGGGAAGGGGUGGAUCAGAAUGUGGCGCUGAAUUCAGUCGUUGGCUUGUUUGCGAAGCCAUUGUUUGAGGCUAUGAGUGAGAAUAAUAAGACAGUUCAAGGUGGGGCUGGAAUGUGUAUGGCCAAGAUGGUGGAAUGUGCUUCCGACCCUCCUGUAAUGUCUUUUCAGAAACUUUGUUCCAGGAUUGGCAAGUACCUUAAUAGCCCCAAUUUCAUUGCAAAGGCUUCCUUGUUGCCUGUUGUUUCUAGCUUAUCCCAGGUGGGAGCUAUUGCACCACAAAGCCUGGACUCUUUGUUGCAAAGCAUUCAUGAGUGUCUUAGCAGUUCAGAUUGGGCAACUCGCAAGGCUGCAGGUGACACAUUGGUUGUUUUGGCGUUGCACUCAAGCACUUUAGUAGCUGAGAGGACCAAUGCGACACUUGCUGUGCUAGAGGCUUGCCGAUUUGACAAAAUCAAACCAGUCAGGGAUAGUAUAACAGAAGCUUUGCAGCUGUGGAAAAAAAUUGCCGGAAAAGGAGAUGGAGCUUCAGACGACCAGAAGAACUCGGCAAAUGAUGGUGAAACUACUGAAACAGCUGAACUCUCAGAAAAAUACCAACGAAAUACUGGUGAGAAAAGGAGCGAAUCAAAAUUGAAGGAUUCAUCCAAUGGUUCGUCUUCUGAUGAUCCACAUCUUAAAGCCUCAGGUAAUGACAUUAUGGAUAAGGCAGUAGGUAUACUGAGGAAGAAGGCGCCGACCUUAACAGAUAAGGGAUUGAACCCUGAGUUCUUCCAGAAGCUUGAAACAAGGAGUUCAGAUGAUCUUCCUGUGGAAGUAGUUGUCCCUCGCCGAUGCUUCAAUUCAUCAACUUCGCAGAAUGAAGAAGGCAUCGAUUCAAGGGAAAGGAUAAGACCUAGCUGUCAGCCUGAUGAUGGUUCUGCUGAAUUUAGAUACCGUAAUACAGAGAAAAGCACUUCUGGUUAUAAUUUUAGAGAGAGAGAUACCGAUGAUAUGAGUGAGCUAAAUCAAAGAGAUUCAUAUGGAGGCUUUCCCAAGAAUGUUGGACAAUCUGAAAGUUUUGCAAACAAUAAGGGAAAUUGGCUGGGUAUACAGAGGCAACUGUUACAACUUGAGAGGCAACAGACUCAUCUGAUGAACAUGUUACAGGAUUUCAUGGGCGGUUCUCAUGAUAGUAUGGUGACGCUUGAGAACAGAGUUAGAGGACUCGAAAGAGUAGUUGAAGAUAUGGCACGGGAUUUUUCAAUUACAGGUCGAAGAGGUACAAACUUUAUGACUGGAUUUGAUGGAUCUACGAAUAGGAGUGCUGGAAAGUACAAUGGCUUCUCUGACUAUUCUAGUGCUAAGUUGGGAAGCUGUGGUGAUGGAAGGAUUCCCUUUGAGAGAUUUGCACCUUCUGAUAUCAGACCUUCAGGCACAAGGGGAAAGGGCCCUUCUUGGAGAUCUGAUGCACACGAGACCUGGGAUUUUCAAACAUAUGGUCGAAAUGGGCAAACAAAUUCUAGAAGAACAUUUGGUGGUGGUCCUGUUGAUACUAGGUCUCCAAAAUCAGAAAAUGAUGCUGAUCAAGUCGGCAGCAGGAGAGCUUGGGACCGAGGAGCUGGACCUGUUCGAUUUGGUGAGGGGCCAUCUGCUAGAAGUGUUUGGCAAGCUUCAAAAGAUGAGGCAACUCUAGAAGCUAUUAGAGUGGCUGGCGAAGAUGCUGGAGCUUCUCGAAGUGCACGAGUAGCAGUGCCAGAAAUGACUGCUGAAGCAUUAGGCGACGAUGGGAUGGUUCAAGAAAGGGACCCUGUCUGGAAUUCUUGGAUGAACGCAAUGGAUGCACUUCAUGUGGGCGAUACAGAUUCAGCUUUUGCGGAAGUCUUAUCUACUCGAGAUGAUGUUUUACUCGUAAAGUUAAUGGACCGCACAGGGCCUGUCAUCGAUCAACUCUCCAGUGAUGUGACUAUCGAGGUUUUGCAUGUUAUCUCCCAAUUUUUGCUGGAGCAGAACUUGUUUGACCUGUGUUUAUCUUGGGUUCAGCAGUUGGUGGAAAUCAUUGUGGAAAAUGGACCUGAUGUCUUUGGCAUUCCUAUGGAUGUAAAGAGAGAGAUUCUAUUGAAUUUGCACGAAGCUUCUUCAGUAAUAGAAUUACCUGAAGACUGGGAAGGUGCAACACCAGACCAGCUUAUGUUUCAGUUGGCAUCUGCCUGGGAAAUUGAUUUGAAACAGUUGGAGAAAUGA